GUGACAGCCCUUCCUGCUGUGGAGGCAGCCACUGGGAUGUGAGGAAACAUGGACCAGCCAAGAGGCAACUGAGGAGCCCAGGUGAGCACACACAGGACUUGUCUCCUGACAUAAUGAAAUCUGCAUACAGGAUCUAUGGAGCGUCUUCAGGAUCUAUUAUAGCUACAGUCGGAUUGUGUGGAUGUGAUAUGGAUGAGAUAAAGGAGUAUAUCCUCAUUCACUUGAAAACCUCUCUCUGGGGGCUGUUUACUGGAGGAGCAGCACUUAGACUCUUACGGGAGGCCUUACACAAAUUCCUGCCUCCGAAUGCCCACGAGCUGGUGUCUGGAAAGCUGCACAUUAUCCUCACCCGCCUGCACGACUGGAGAAGUGUGAGAGUGUCCGAGUUUCCCUCGAAGGAGGAGCUGAUUCAGGCUGUGACGUGCAGCUGCUUCCUCCCGCUGUAUUUUGGGUUUUUCCCUCCAACGUUCCGUGGGGUGCGCUACCUGGACGGGGAGCUGGCCAUGUGGAGAGCCGACUUCGUGUCCCGCACCACCAUCACCAUCUCUGCCUUCGCCGGCGAAUACGACAUCUGCCCCAAGGAUUGCGCCGCUGCCUUCCUGACCUUCCAGCUCUCUGACUGGGAUUUCCAGGUGAAUUACUUCGAGGGCUUCACACUUUCCUUGGCCCACGAGGAAACCAUGCGCCUGAAGCCACAACAGAGGGGUCUUCACUCCAGAGCCACAGAUCAUGAGGAUGACACCAAAGAGAAUCCAGAGAUCCGCCAGGCAGAGGAUGGAGAAGAGAGAGAAUUGGUGUCUGUAGGUUCUUUUGUUUUCAAGCUCUAUCAACUGGAAAACUUUAUAGAGAUCUGGAGCCCUGAAAGGUUACUCCUGUCCGGGCUCCGCAUCGGGGAAUUGCUCACCAUGCCGUUCGCUGCUAUUCGUGUGGUCCACAACGGCACUGCACAAGCCACACCGGUCAUCAGUUCCAUUUAA